AUGAAAAGAGCUCGUGUAAGCGUCUCAGCGAUUGUCCUCAAGGAGUCUAAAAUCAUGGGAGAUGAAGACGGUAGAAAGGUCUUUGUAGGUAAUUUGAGCUAUGACACAAGAGAUGAGGACUUGAAAAGCCACUUUGAAAGUGUUGCCGGACACGGAGAAGUUGAAAGUGGUGAGUAAAGUCGAUUGGACUGUCGAUAUUAGGCCCUCGAGACAAUGCCGUGCAAACUCGCUGUUGAACGACUAGGAAAUGUCAGUUUUGUUCAUUAAAAACCUAUGUGGAGCACCCUGGAUUUCACAGGCUCAAAGUAGUUGGCUCCCUAAAAGUUUUUGUCAGAGCGCAACCUUGUACAUGUAUUCACUCAGGGGAGAGAGUUACGAAUUUCAUUGCUCCAUCAUGAUGUCAAAAUCAGUCAACUGGCGUACAAAUGUCGUUGGCAGAUCAGAAGAAUUCAUUCCACUUGCAUUUGGUUACAAUGUCUUGAAAUAAUGGUACCUUAUAAUUGAAUUUCUUUUCAGCGAUGUUUUGGUCGCAAAGUGGGAAUCUUUAAAAUAGUUAACUCUGAUUUAAUAGCUGUGGUUGUUGCAGCAAGCCCCAUAGCGAGAAGCACACUAAUCUUUGGGUCUCCUUCGGUUCCUUGGGUGUCCUGUCGCUAUCUUGAGGGUAGCAAAGGGGGAUCAUGCAGGGCUGUCAUGUGGGGCUGUAACCUGUAACACCUGUUACGGCUGAGCUCAGUCGAUGUUACGGGUGAUGGUUGCUGCGUUCAAAGACCAAGACAAAUCAAAAUUUAUUAGUAAACAAUACCUUCUAAAAUAAAUAUGAUUGUUACCUUUUGUCUUCUGUGUCCUAGAUUUUAAGACUGCUAAGAUGUGUUUCAUUUCAAACCAAACCUUUUCCUUUCAAAAACCUUUGGAUAAAAUUUCGAAUCUAUCGUUGCUUUUCCAGAUGCCAUUUUCAUUGGCAAACCUCAUUAAGCAAUGGGUAGUGCUGACUUUAAAUUGGAUUCUGCUGAGUGACUUUCGCGGUACCAUGUUGCGUGCUUCUUACAUGACCAAUUCCACAUGUAUAGUUCGUCUUUAAUCAUGGUUUUGCCGUGGAUAAUAAAAGAAAGGAUCCCGCUUCAAGGCAACCUGGAAUCAACAGUUUUUUUUUUCAAGUCUCAACAGACAGAAGAAAAUGGAGGAGCUGAUAAAGCAGCCUGCCCCAGAGUGCAGAAAAAUGCAUUUUCUGGUUGGGGGAGGGAGGGGGGGUGCAUGCCCCUAGACCUACCUUUAGGGCCUUUUGUUACAUGUCAUUCGGCCAUGUUUUAAAAUGCCACAGCUGAAAUCGUUCAUGUUAUGCCUGUUUCAAAACCUAAUAACAGCCCUGUCAUGGUCUGGUUUCAAGUACAAAUUUUGACAAAUUUCACAUAUCACGUGGGUUAUAAACCAAUUUUCACGAGUCACGAAUCUCAACUGUUAAUCAAACAGGCUAAGAAGCAAAACACAGUCAUCAUAGAUACCCCAAUUCGCAUUUUAUUUGACGAUCGCAUUUUCUCCCUGCUUCUCCUCUCAUUAGAAUGUAGGUGGGGCGAUCUUAAAGGGUGUCAAUGAGCAGUUGUGGAUGUGGGAAACUUGUGUUUCCAGGCAUCUUGCAUUCAAAUUGAAAACAGAUCAAUGCCCUUGAUGUGAUUUCUCUUUACCCGCAAUUCACUCAGUUAAAGGAGCUAUGUCACCCCACACGCAUGCGCGAGCCAAUGAAAACAAACUUGAAAAAGUCGGGCUGUCUUUUUCAAGUUCUGUCGGAGAUUUUGGAAGGCUGUUUUUAUCUGUCUAAAUCUCAGCCAUCGUUCGAUAGUUAGCGAAGUUUUGUAUUAAGAAUCGUUCUAUGGUGAUUACAGAAUAAUUUUUUGGCGUUAUUUUGAAAUUGUUUGCCUGUGGAAUGUUUUUGGGUGGAUUUACUGUGUCCUCUUAUCAGCGGCCGUUGUAAUAGGGAACUUAAGAUAGAGACGUUUUCGGGGCAACAGCAACUUCAACCGGACAUGACGUCAUGAUUUGGCAAUAUUGCGCAUGCUCUUGUUUACCACCUUGCCGUCGUGGUCCCGUCGGCGACGUGAAACUAGUGGGUUUGGCAUUGUGGCGAAAACGUGAGUAUCUAACUUUCAUUUCACUCAGGUUUGUUGCGUUUAGCAACCAGAAUUUUAUAGUUUAUCGUUCUUAAAUUGUCCUUGUUUUCUUUGAGUCACAUUUCAAGCUUGAUUUCCAAGGUCUGUUAUCUAAACUUACAUCUUUUAUAAUGUUUCAUGUCACAGAGUCAAAGAGAAUCUAUCCAACAUGGCAAACAGCAAACCGUAAGUGAGCUUUACAUGGACAAAAUAAUUUUGUCCAAUUAUUGUCCUACGAGCCAAAUAAUAGUAGUCAAAAGAAAUAUGAAAACUGAUAUUUUAAUUGCGUGUUCUUAGCUCUUUUUUUUCGUUUGUGUAUCGUAUAAAAUCAUGAAACAUUGAAAAUUAUUUAGACUGGAACACAAAUGUAAACGUAAGCGUAAUGCUAACAUGGGAAUACUGAAAUAGAGUUGUUGUUGUUGCAUGCAAGUAUUUCCCGGGAAUUAUUCCGAUACCAAACUUAGAAUUUCUUUGUCAAAGAGGUAACAAAACGCAUUUUAGUUCUUUAGCACUUGUCUCUGGUAGACUGGUAGAAAAGCUCCCAAAAGAAAUAUCCUUGGAAACUGAAUUAAUUCCAAGUGUCUCGCCAAAGUUUGCUGAGUAAAAGCCUCUCAUCACCAGCGGAUACUUCGAAUUCAAUUUUUUUAAACCUUUUUCUUUUUUAACAGUGCUCCCUCUUUUACAGAAUUUGAAAGAAUUUGAUUUAGUCUAUCCUGUAAACCAAAAUGUGACUGGGUCAUUUCCUUUACACCCUGAAACUAGGAAUUUAGCUUGUAUGUUAAUUUUUUUUAGAAAAUUUUUUGGAACCUUUUGAACACUUGUUUGCCAGAGUUUCAUUUUUUCUGUAACUAGAAAGAUAGGAAUGAGCCAGCCAGAUCUGUUCUCCACCUCUAACUUAUUUGUCUUGUCUGUUAAUCCAUGUUUGUUGGCCUAGAUUGAUUAUGGAGUGGACCCCACAACAUGACAGAGCCCUUCUAGAUGAAAUGUCUGUUAGUGAGGUGUUCCAGUAUAAAAAGGGGACACCAGAAAGAGAUCAAGUUUGGGACUCCAUCGCUGCAAAUCUCAAUGCUGUGGAAUACCCAAAAUUUAAGGUCCUCAAGAGGUCAUGUAGAGACCGCUGGACUCUGUUGCGUGGGAAAUACCAGAAAAAAAUGACAAACGCAAUCAAAGCAUCCGGCAUUGAUGUGGAGGUGAAUGAAAUGGACACCAUAAUUGAAGAGCUUAUUGGGAAAGAAGAUGCUGCUGUUAGAACUGGUGGCAAAGACAAGAAAAAGGUUGAAGAAGAAAAGAAGGCUGCAGAACAAAUUCAAAAAAAGGCCAUGGAACGUUUGGGAGAAAGUAGCAAAAGAUGUGGGGCAGAUGGGGAGGUGGAAGUGAAAAAGAAAAAGAGAAAGAGUAGUAGCGAAGCUGUGGAGUUUCUCAGAGAAAAAGCAAAGUUAGACCAUUCUCUCAGAGAGGAAGAACUUCAGCUUAGGAAAGACCAGCAAAGCCAGACUCUGGUGCUGUUGCAGCAGCAACAACAAAUGAAUCAAGUUUUACUUUCUCUGAUUGAAAAAAUGGUGAAAAAAAGGGUUCUCAAUAGAUUUUUAAGUAGGAGGUGA